AUAGGUUCUGUUUAGUCAUGGAAUUCUAUUGGUGGUGUUGAAUGGGACUGGAAACUCCUGGAAAUUGUAACUUUAACUCCAACAAUAUUUUUUCUUGAUUGUCAAGCACUGCAAAAACCUGUCUUUAAUACUCCCUGAAACUUUACUUUAAGUGCCUAUGAAGUAAAAAAUUACAUUUGCAUUUGAGCGAAAAUGGCGCUUUCUCUUUCAAAAGAUGUUUUUUCAUUCCCAAAGCUUAAAAUUGAUGAUGUCAUCAGUGGUUCAAGCAAGAAGAUAAAUCACAAAAUUGAUAAUAUCUCUGGAAAUAUAUAAGUGAUGCCAUUUAAACUUGGCACCAGUAAUAGGCCAUUUCAGAAAUGUGAGAGGACUGGGACGAGUUUGGUUGCUUUCUGUUUGUUUAAAAAAAACUAAGACAUUCAAAUGAGAGAUCAACCAAGUUUGAGAUGUAUUUAGAGGAGGAAAAUGGCGAAAUAAUAUAUCUUCAAAUAUCACCUAAAAUAGAGAGUUCGUAUGGAAUGGGUAGACAGGCCACAAAAUUAGAAGGGUUUGUAUGGGAUUUUGCAACUUUUGCAAGUCUCCCAUUUGGCCAAUUUUCCGUAGAAAACUCUCAAAGUUGGCUGGAUAGCUUUUUAUUUGGUAACAUUUCAGUUGAAGAGUUUAGAUUUUCAAUCUAAGCAAGUAUGAGAAACUCGUCCUAGUCCUCUCACGUUUCUGAAAUGGCUUAUGUACGUCAGAUAAGACAUAAUAACAGUUCUGCUUCCCAGUCUAUUUCAUGCUGGAUUAAGUUUCCAGUUUUUUUUUUAACAUUAUUAAGCAUUGUCCACCUGUGAUGAGGUGGUAAAGAGUCGUAAGGUAAUAUGGGUAUCACAUGUGUUUUCAAGUAAGACCAUCUGUUCACUCCUCACCUGUUCAAAAUUGGAGAUAUUUGAUUCAUGGCUAAAGAAGCCUUAGACCUAGAGUGUUGCUAUGGGAACAUCACAGAAGGUAUCAUUUUGCUUAUUUCCUGACGUUCAUUACUGGUGCCAAGUUUAAGUUUCUCAAAACUCCUGAAAAGCUGUUCUGCAUGCAUUAGGCUCAUUCCCAGAAGUUCUCUUCUGUUAAUAACUAAGCACGCUAUACACUGUACAGUUGAAAAUUACAUUAGGCUGGCUAUCUCAAAGUACAAUUCAGUCAAAAAACAGCUUGAAAAGUGGCUUCUCAAACCUGAAAUGUUUCUGGAAUUUUGAGAGAGGCAUGCCAGUUGUUAAAUCUAGAAAAUGCAGUAUCUAGACUGCAGUUAAUAUUAAGACGAUCUAUGUUUUGUUUUAAUCAUCACAGCAACAUCACAACUCAUUCCCAUUGAGAAGCUUGGUUUGCCUGUCGGCCCAUCAAGGCAAUUUCGACGCGUAAAUGAUGCAUUUGUUGACAGCCUCAAAGAAGAAUUGUUAAAAGAGCCAAGUGGAAGUCAUGGAUGUCUGUUCGUGGUUUGCAAAGGGUGUAGAAAGCAAAGAAACAUUUGAUCCAGCUAAAAAGGAUGCAUAUGAGUACAGUUUUGGGGGUACUCACCUGAUGCUAGCCACCAAGAAACUUCAUUCCCAGUACCCAGAAAACAAACAUUACCAAGGCAGAAUGGCAAGAAUCUACUGUGGCCUUACAGAUGAUCAGGCUGUUUACCUUGGUGCCAUGCAUCAAAGGUCGUCAUCAUUCUGUCAUGACAUUACAUACAGAGAAGAGGUACAUUUUGUAUUAAAAUUUUGGAUUUGAAAUUGAAUUCAGGCAUGCUUGAAGCAUACCACAUUGUUGUUGUCAUUAAAGAAAGUGAAUAUUAUUUGCUAGUCUGUCAAUGAAUAUGAAACACUGCAUAAUCAAUGAUGUUGCAUGUACAUGUACAGUGUAUGUAAUGGCCAGCCUGUUUGUUAAUAUAGAGCCCAGUUAAGGCAAUAUGAAGAAUUAAUAACUUUUAAUAUGCCCUUUCCCACUACUUUCCUUGUGUCAUCUAAUUUACAGCAUUUUUCUUCAUACAAAUUAAUUUAGGUAGAGAGAUGUAGAUCUCAACUAUAUGGAGAGCUUGAUGUACAGAGUGAACCUCCAAAGCCGCAACCAUCGUGGAGAGAUGAGUGUUCUCGUAUUUUAUACAAAGAUGUAAGAAUUUAAUUCACUUAAGUAAUGCAAGUUGAGUUUUUAAAAGAAAUUGCUGAAAGGAGUGGUAACAGAAUUACAGUCGUGACAUUUUCCUACAUGGAAACAGAGAACCAUUAAUUUUUUGGUUAUUGCCUAACACAUAGUCACUUGAUUACAGUUGAAUGGUGUUCAAGUUUUAUUUGAAGUACUUUUGUCCCCUUCCUUGACCAAAGACAGUUAUAUUGUUCUGACAUGUAGUUACAUGCACCUAGCCAAUCUCCGAGGUCAUCUAUCUUUUUCUAUACGUGUACUUUGCUAUGUCACCAUUAUCAGCAGCUCACAUUAAGAAAUUCUGUCUUACAGAAAAGAAUUUUGUGUGAGGUCUUCACUAUGGCACAAGUAUCCUCAAGUACUUGGGCCGCUUUCAUGGAGGUAAACAGGCUGUACGAGAUUGGGAAGCUCAAAGGGCAGAAGUUUUCUCCUGGCGAUGUCGUCAAAGGGACAUUAGCAAUUAAACAGUGGCAUAUGAAGCCAUUAGUCAGCCUUCCUGAUGAAACAAAACUAUUCCUUUUGAACAAGGUAAAGGCAAUAUUGCAACAGUCUGGCAUGAAAUUUUGUUUUUCACUCCAUUUUGUAUUUUAUUAUAUUUUAAGUUAAAUUCCACUUCUUUUCAGUGGCUAAUAACCCCAAGAAUUUAAACUAAUUUGUGUGUACUUUCUCUCUUUGGCAUCCCUUGAAAAUGUGUUUAUGUAGCUUCUGUUCCAAUUGUCGCUCUACAAACCCCUGUCUUUAUUAUCUGGUUCUUUUUAGAUCUCUUCUGGUGAAUUGUUAUUAAAAGAUUUAAAAACAGAAGCAGACAAGAUAAAGACACUGAACACUGUACAGUUUACAGUUAUGUCAUUCUUUAAAGUAGACGAUUGGGAUGAGAUAGUCAAGAGAUUUGGUCCAAUGGUCAACAACGAGAAGCUGUUGAGAUUUACAGUAAGCCAACAUGUUUUUCGUUGACUAAUAUAGAAAUUACCUAGUAUGUAACUAUGUAAACAGUCAUCUGCAUUAAUUAUUACAUUACACAGUAUUCACAUAGUUUUCUUCUUAAGACCUGAUCCAUUUUUGUAGAGAUUUACUGUGGAAAUCUAAAAGCUAUGAACACUUUGAUUUGAUUUUUACAUUUCCCACUGUACAGCAACCAAUCAGAAGUAACGCAAAAACCUCAAACUACUUAUAUUACCAUUACUGUUUGUGGUUUAAUUUAUUAUUCUUGUGCUUGAAAUUUAACCACAUUGACCUCUUAGUGUUCACAAUUUUUGGAUUUUCAUAGUAAUACUUCUAGUGUUAAAAAAAAAAAUUUGAGAACAUUUUUCAUUAUAUGCAAGUACAAAAUACAACUAUAUAUCCUGCAGGUUGGGGAGGAGAAAUUAAGGUAAAUAGUAAGUUCAAGUGAUACAGUGAGAGUAGCUGACAAUUCUAUCAUGUAUAUGAAGAAGAGGUAACUAUUAUCUACUGCAAAGGAAUCUACUGAAGGAGCAGACUGUUCUUAAGGCAUUGCAUUACCACCAAUUCUUGCUGGGUAAUCAGUAGGAAAUCUUUUAAAGAUUUACUUCCAAUAUUUUUUUGUAGCUUAUUGUUCCUAUUCCUUCAAUUUAGGGAAAUUUUGAGGCCUCAUAUGAUUUCCAAGUGUUCCUGAAGAGGUUGAAAGAGUGGGAAUCUGCUAGGCAUGAGGCAGCAGAAGAUACCCCAGUUGCUACCCUGGGGGUUGAAGAAUUUACUGUCAGUAAUGAGGGUCUGCACAACAAGGGCAGUGCUGUUUUCCCUUGUAACCUUCAAGAGGUGACCCAAAGCAUGGAAAUCUUCAAAUUGAACUUUGAGGGCAUCUCCCUUGCCCUAGGAGUUGUUGGAUUUGAUGAUAAGGUACAUGACAUGCCUUCCUGUGUGUUUGUAAUAAGCAUUAAUUCCUACACAUCUUCAUCUUAUUUUGAUGGAUGUUAACUGGCUUGUAAAAUGACAGUGUGACAAAUUCUUCCUUUUUUUUUCACAAACUACUACUGUGACCAUAAGGAACUUUAAAAGGAGAAUCUUCAGCUGAACAGAAGUUAGAUGAAGCUUUUUCUCAUUCCACUUUGUCAUUAAAUGUAUUAAACACCACUUUCAGUUCUGAAGAAUUGUGAUAACCAACCACCAAAAUUCAUUACUUGCUCCCCUCAAAAAAAGUUGUUCUGUGUAGAACCCAAGUGCUGUUAAUACUCCCGUUACUUACAGAUAUUUACAUGUAUGUUAAAUGUGUUUCCUAUUGUACAUUGUCUGUUGAAAGUCACCCACAAAGUCCAAUUAAUCAAAGGUUUCUGUUGAUAAUAAUAAUUAUUGUCUUAUUGCUGUUUUCAAUAUAUUUUAGGGACAGCUGGAAGUGGAAGAAAAAUGUAGUGAAAUAGUUAAGCUGCUUUCCAGACUAAACUUCACAGUCCUGAGCUCAUUUAACUGUGUCAUUAUGUGUCCUGUGCACUGGGCGCAUAUUGUGUCCGAAACAUUUACCAAGGAAGGUGCAAGCCAGACCCAACAGGGUUUUAUCUAUCAUAAACAACAACUGAAAAGUAGGCAAGGUGAGAGAAUAGGCCAUUAUUAAUAUACAUGGAAUCAAUUGCUGACAAUACCCUAAUUCUCUGUUUUCCACCGCGCACAGGUGGCUCAGUUGGUUGAGUACCGGGCUGUCGUGCGGGAGGUUGCAGGUUCGAACCCUGGCCGGACCAUUACUCGGGGUCUUAAAAUAACUCAGUGCUGCCUUUGUAAUGACAUCUGCAAAUGGCUAGACUCUCUAGUCUUCUCGGAUAAGGACGAUAAACCGUUCGCCCGCCUCACAACCUUUCAAUGUUCAUAACCCUGUGGGACGUAAAAGAACCCACACACCAUUUGCAAAGAGUAGGGCAUGAAGUUCAAGGUGUUGUGGUCAGGCCUUAUUUCAUUCAUUCAUAUGCAUUGGGUUGGGUGAGAUCGCUAAUGGACUGAUAGCGGCUUCCAGAGGCACCUGUGUAUGCUGAGGUCCGGUCUCACCCAUGGAUCUAUAACUUGUAAAGCGCAUUUGAAUAUGCAUAUAGAAAAUGCGCUGUACAAAUUCAAUACCAUAUUUUCAAGACCAAUGUUUUCUAUUUCUCACAUCACAGCAAAAUUGAAUUAAUUUUUAUGUCUAACCUGGCAUAUGUAUUACUUGUUCACAUUGUAAUAAAUCUGUUGUUAAUGCUUUGCCUAUUUCUAACCUUUAGGUAGCAAAAUGCAAGAGGUGGUAUCCUCAUUUAUUGUUGGCCACUGGGCUUCAUCUAGGAUAGUGGGAAAGAGCCAUGUCAAUUAUGCCACUCCUCCUCCAAACAUUGUUGAGGUGACUUCUGCAAGAAUAGGGGAGGAAUACCCUGUUUCCUUUUUUAAGGACAUAAUCAGUUGGUUUUCAAAGGAUGGAGACUUAAUCCUAGAAGUAGGAUAUGGGGAUGAAGUUGGUAUGUAAAUUUCAUUUAGGGGGUGUUGCUCUGAUUUUUUACACGGAAUGACUUAUCUUUUUAGUAGAGACAAGAUAUGCCUUUCAAUUAAGUGUGUUACAGGCAAGUAAUUUUGCAUGUAUAUACCAUAUCAUUUUUGUGUGAUUUAUGGAGUUCUUGAUGAAAGGGCCUUCACUUACUUGAAGUUCUGGAUCUGCCAGUGUAAUGUGUCCCUAGAGCUGCAGUCUGCAUGCUCUAUUGCAGUCCAGAUGAUUAUGUUUUGAUAUAGACUGUAAUACUUGACCUACCAUGCCAUAUUUUGUAGGUUUAAAAAGGGAUUAUUCAUUUCUAGUCGGUGUCAAAAAUGUAUAAAUUGACAUCACUCUUGCAUCUCAUUUUGUUAGUUACUGUUUUAAAAUUAUGUGUAAAUUAAUUGUUGUGAUGUGCAUCUCUUUUACACCCCUCAUGCUUUUCUCUUACAGGGAAUGCUUUUACUGCCGCUCUGAUGUGUGGAAGGAAGGCUACAUUGACAGGCACAUCAUGUGACAAGCGCAUUAUCUGCCAAAAACUAAGUACCAGUACUCAGCUCACAACUACUCAGAUAGAUUAAGGCCUGGUUGUUUACAGAUUUAAAGUGCAUUUUAAACUAUUGUAAACUAUUGAAAAUAUCCCAUGACUAAGGCUUAACGACUGGUAAGAAACAGAUCUUACAAAUUCAUUUUAAACAUUUUAAACUCAGUCCAAGUGUAUUUUUCAGGCCAGUGUUGGGGUCAAUACCGAGAAUUUGGAGCUUAACUCAUUUGUGAUUGGCUAAUGGGAUGUGUUGGUUACAAUUUUCAACCAAGAAAGGGCAUUUCUAAUGAUUUGUUCAAGUUAGCUAUCUUGCUAUUCCUCUUGGACGCCUUUAAGUGAAUUUUGGAAAAUGUGCUUACUCUUUUAUUCAAAGAGUUAAUUACGGAGGCAGAAAAUGUUGUACCUUUUGAGUCGUUACAGGAAAUCCUAUGUUCUUACCAUUCGAAUGAAACCGCUGCAGCAGUACAAAAUGAAAAUUUGGAUUUUUCCAAACGUUUACAUAGUGACCAUUGUUGUAGUGAAAGGUAAAGAAUCACAAAAAUAAAUCAUUUUAAGACCAGCCCUUAAUCUACUUGAGUACCAUAUGGUUUAAGAGGGCUUUAUUGGUCAUUUUGUUUAGUACAGUUGAAAAUUCAGCUGUUGCAAACUAAAUUAGAUGUUUGGUAUAUGAUGUUGUUAGUAAUAAACUUCCAAAUUUUAGAAUUGACUUUGAUUAGCACACCAUUAGUAUUAGUUCUUUUGCUAUAAACCUAAUUAUACAAUGCCAAUGUGUAAUCUGCACUCCGGCACUGCAACAAGUUAGCCAGAAACUGAAAUGACUAUAAUUCACUUUUUUAAUCCAAUCUUGUUUCAAAGUGGCCAAAACCUGUGUAGUGAAUUGAAUAGUGAAUUACAUUUUGAUUGUACAGAGGUUUUGCAUCUGUUGUUUUGAAGUUGUUUCUACACCCUUCAUUUUGCUGUACGUAAAUAAGUCAAUUAAGUGGAGAAUAAGAUUUACAGAAAGUCUGCAUCUUUUGAAGCCACUAGGCUGAGAUGAUUUUUGCAUCACACAGUUGUUGUAGAAAAAGUGUGGAAUUUAGCGAAAAAUAAGAUUUGCAGAAAUUGUGCGUCACGCAACUGUUGUAGAAAAAGUAUCGAGUCUAGCGGAAAAUCAAAUUUGCAGAAUUUCUGCAUACAACGUUUUCAAGCCACUAGGCUGAGAUGCAGAAUUUCUGCAUCACAAAGUUGUAGAAAAUGUAAGAAUUUAGCAGAAAAUAAGAUUUGCAGAAUUUCUGUAUCCCACUUUUUCAAGCCAUUAGGCUGAGAUGCAGAAUUUCUGCAUCACACAAUUGUUGUUAGUAAAAGUAUCGAAUUUAGCGGAAAAUGAAAUUUGCAGAAUUUCUGCAUACAACGUUUUCAAGCCACUAGGCUGAGAUGCAGAAUUUCUGCAUCACAAAGUUGUAGAAAAUGUAAGAAGUUAGCAGAAAAUAAGAUUUGCAGAAUUUCUGUAUCCCACUUUUUCAAGCCAUUAGGCUGAGAUGCAGAAUUUCUGCAUCACACAAUUGUUGUUAGUAAAAGUAUCGAAUUUAGCGGAGAAUGAAAUUUGCAGAAUUUCUGCAUCCAACUUUUUCCAGCCACUUGGCUGAGAUGCAGAAGUUCUGCAUCAUACAGUUGUUGUGGAAAAUGUACAGAAUUUAUCAGAAAGUAAGAUUUACAGAAUUUCUGCAUCAAACUUUUUCAAGUUAUGCAGAAAUUCUGCAUCGUUCAUUUGCGUUAGAUAAACUAUACUGGAAUUUGUCUGCAGCCUGUAGUCCUGUGGCCAAGAACACCUUUUCCUUACUGCAGCUUUUUAGCCCAUUUUUUGUGUCCAUGUGUUACCCGUAAUUUUUGAUUGUAUAUUUUUAGUGAAAAUAUAAGUGCAGAGUAAUUAUGAUCGAUUAAAACAACUGUUUGAAAUUGUGAUUCGGUAGUGUUAACAGUGUAUCACUCCAACUUUUGAUAUUACUGCAGUCAAGUCUUUUAAGUUCCUCUCGGAAAUCACGUUUUAUGCAGAACGAAAGAGAGCUUUUAUGACGGAAUUUUGUAUUUUGGAAAAACCCAUUUUAGUUUGGAACGCGUU